GCGUCCCCUGGCCGCCGCUGCCGCCACCGCCAGGCGCCCGGACGCAGCGCGAACCGAGCGGCCGGGAUGCACGCCCCGUCCCCGGCCCGCCCCACGCUGCGGCCGCCGCCUGUCCGCCGCACGCUCGCCUGAGCGCGGCGCCCUCCUGUUCCCGGCCACCCGGCCGCGAUGCCCGCCCUCCCGGGCCCCGGCGGCCCGCGACUCUGCUAGGCUGCGGCGGCAUGGCCCGCGCGCCCGGCGCGACCUCUGCGGAUUGCAUCGGUGUGGGGCGGCGGGGCAUGCCCAGGGCACCGGGCGCGGCCUUCAAUGGGCGAGGACACGGACACGCGGAAAAUUAACCACAGCUUCCUGCGGGACCACAGCUAUGUGACAGAAGCUGACAUCAUCUCCACUGUCGAGUUCAACCACACUGGGGAACUGCUGGCCACAGGUGACAAGGGUGGCCGCGUGGUUAUCUUCCAGCGGGAGCCAGAGAGUAAGAACGCGCCUCACAGCCAGGGUGAGUACGACGUGUACAGCACCUUCCAGAGCCACGAGCCAGAGUUUGACUACCUGAAGAGCUUGGAAAUAGAGGAGAAAAUCAACAAGAUCAAAUGGCUCCCGCAGCAGAAUGCCGCACACUCGCUGCUGUCUACCAAUGAUAAAACUAUUAAGUUAUGGAAGAUCACCGAGCGAGACAAGAGGCCCGAGGGCUACAACCUGAAGGAUGAGGAGGGGAAACUGAAAGACCUGUCCACAGUGACAUCAUUGCAGGUGCCUGUGCUGAAGCCCAUGGACCUGAUGGUGGAGGUGAGCCCGAGGAGGAUCUUUGCCAAUGGCCACACCUACCACAUCAACUCCAUCUCAGUCAACAGUGACUGUGAGACAUACAUGUCAGCAGAUGACCUACGCAUCAACCUCUGGCAUCUGGCCAUCACUGAUCGGAGCUUCAAUAUCGUUGACAUCAAGCCAGCCAACAUGGAAGACCUCACGGAGGUGAUCACAGCAUCCGAGUUCCAUCCCCACCACUGCAACCUCUUUGUCUACAGCAGCAGCAAGGGCUCCCUGCGGCUCUGUGACAUGCGGGCAGCUGCCCUGUGCGACAAGCACUCUAAGCUCUUUGAGGAGCCCGAGGACCCCAGCAACCGCUCCUUCUUCUCAGAGAUCAUCUCCUCGGUGUCUGACGUGAAGUUCAGCCACAGUGGGCGCUACAUGCUCACGAGGGAUUACCUCACGGUCAAAGUCUGGGACCUGAACAUGGAGGCGAGGCCCAUAGAGACCUACCAGGUCCACGACUACCUGCGGAGUAAGCUGUGCUCCCUGUAUGAGAGCGACUGCAUCUUUGACAAGUUCGAGUGUGCCUGGAAUGGCAGUGACAGCGUCAUCAUGACAGGGGCCUACAACAACUUCUUCCGCAUGUUCGACCGCAACACCAAGCGGGAUGUGACGCUGGAGGCCUCUAGGGAGAGUAGCAAACCCAGGGCCGUGCUCAAGCCCCGGCGCGUGUGUGUGGGAGGCAAGCGGCGACGGGACGACAUCAGCGUGGACAGCUUGGACUUCACCAAGAAGAUCCUGCACACGGCCUGGCACCCGGCCGAGAACAUCAUCGCCAUUGCAGCCACCAACAACCUGUACAUCUUCCAGGAUAAGGUCAAUUCGGACAUGCAUUAGCUGGCCUCAGGGGUCCUCUCGGCCACCUCUGUAGGAGGGCAGGAUGGUGGCCAUGGUGGGGAUGUGAGUCCCUAGGCUGUAGCUGCCUUGGAUGGUGAUCGCCAGUUUAAACGAAGGGAAGGAAGGAGCUUCAGUCACAGGUGAUAAGAUGAAUGUGCCUGGUAGGCCUCGGUCCAGGGUUUACGGUCCUUCCCGUUCAGGCCGGGCCUUCAUUUAUUAUCAGGACUUUAUUCACGUCUAGGGUGAUUUUCAGGAUAGUCAAGCUGGUCCCUGGUGGGACUCCAGAGAAAGAGUGAAGCUCCCAAGCCAGGCAAGGCCUGUGGGCCCUCAAAGGAGCCAGCCACAUGCCCCGGCUCAGAGCUGCUGGCUCGUGUUGGAUUUUGGACGGUGCAUUUUCGUCGAGAGCUGGCAGUGCCAGCUCCUCACUGGGGUGUUUGGGAUGUCGUUGUGCGUCCUAGAUGCCAGGCCAGGUCAGGUCCUG